AGGUGGCGAUAGUGCACUGAUAAUCUGUUUACAAGUAGCCUACGAUAUACAAACAGGAAGUAGAAAUUCAGACGCUCUCCGGGCUGUUGUUGUCUCGCGCUUCAGUUGAACAAGGCAGCUGUAGUAAUGGCGGAGGAGGAGGACGAGCCGGGCUUCGAGGAGGAGCUGGAGGACGGCUCCGGCGGGGUGGACGCCGCUGGCCACGGCAGAAGGAAACGGCUCUUCUCUAAGGAACUCCGCUGCAUGAUGUACGGCUUCGGUGACGACCAGAACCCGUACACAGAGUCCGUGGACAUCCUGGAGGACCUGGUGAUCGAGUUCAUCACGGAGAUGACCCACAAAGCCAUGUCCAUCGGGCGGCAGGGCCGCGUCCAGGUGGAAGACAUAGUUUUUCUGAUCCGCAAAGAUCCCAGAAAAUUUGCCCGCGUCAAAGAUUUGCUGACCAUGAACGAGGAGCUGAAGAGAGCCCGGAAAGCUUUCGACGAAGCCAAUUAUGGCUCUUAAUACACACACGUGGACACAUACUGCUGAUACAUCUGAUUACAAUAUUCGUUUAAUUAUAUAUAUAAACUUAAAUAUUGCAUGAGUCUGUUUUUUUAUUUUUUCAACUUGACUUCCUCUAUUUCUCAGUGGCUUAGUAUCAUAGAUCAAUACGCAAUGCCAAAAUCUCUCAUAUAUUUCAUAAGAUUGUCUGAAACAGUUUGAAUAAAGUAAAUUACUUGUUCUUUUUUAUGUACUUUUAUAAAUGACCAAUCCACACAGUCAGUACUCUUAACACUGGCUCCCAAGACAGGAGUUGAUGGGAACCAUGUUUAGGGUUCCAUUGGUGCCAAAAAUAUGUGUAUGUGCGGUCUGUGCUUAUUUCUCUAUGUGCUGCACAUUAUGUGGUAUGCUGACCUACAACAGUUCUAAAUGAAGACUUUUGCUCAUUUAUUAUUGCUGUAGGUCAGCAUACCACAUUAGGUGUGGCACAU